GAACUCGGGUUCACUCAGUCCACGACCGUUUGCCACGAGACUUCUUCGCUCUCCGGUUUCUCUUCUCUCUCUUUCUAUCUCUGCCUAUCUCUGUCUUACUUUCUGUCUCUCUGUCUGUCUCUCUGUCUGUCUCUCUUUCUCUCUCUCUCUCUCUCUCUCUCUCUCUCUCUCUCUCUCACGCGUACGCGCGAGCGAGCGCGACUCACGGAUCCGGCCAGAAGGGCGAUACACACAUAUCCAUAGGCGUAGCGGGCGCGCGCCGCCGCGUUUACCUCGCGCCGAGAGAGCAGCAGUAGCAGCAGCAGCAGCAGUCGGAGUCAGUCUUCUAUCGGCUUCCCCGUCGAGCGCACCUACACACCUAUACGCCCUCAGACCCCCCUCUCGUAUACAGACGUACAUAUACACAUAGAGAGAGAGAGAGAGAGAGCACGCGCGCGCAGUAGCGGAAGGAAAAAGCGCACGCAAGGUUAGAGAGAGAGAGAGAAAGACUCGGCCGACUCUCUUGCACACGCACGAGGAUAGCGCAGCACGAGUAAAUACAGAUACGCGGCUACGAGGAGAGCAGCAGUGCCGGCGAUUCGAGGACGCUCUGAGAUCGAGGUGAGUCCACAGCCAUACCACCGGCCGAAUUUCGCAAACCACUUCAGCAGCAGUCAAAGCUAAGGUCUCUGUAAAGGCGUAGGAAGAGAAAAAAGAACAGCGACAUGGCGGCUUUCGUGGCGAAGCAGAUGGUCGGGAACAAGCUGAAUGCCGUCAAAGGGGCGGUGGGCGGCGAGGGCGGCGACGAGGAUGACAAGGAGAAGGAGGAGGAGGCCGAGAGGGAACGGCAAGAGGCCAUCCGAGAGGCCGAGGAGCGGCGGAAAGAGAAGCACCGUAAGAUGGAAGAGGAGCGAGAAAAGAUGCGCCAGGAGAUCAGGGACAAGUACAACAUAAAGAAGAAAGAGGAGGUGCAGGAGAUCCAGCAGGAGGAGCCCAAUCCGCUGAUGCGCAAAAAGAAGACGCCCGAGGAAUUGGCGGCCGAAGCGGAGAUGGAGGACGAGGACGAGCUUACGAAGCUGAAGAACACGAUAACGACGGGGGUGGACGAGCUGAAGACGCAAUUCGAAGCCAGGUGCAGCCUCCAAUGAGUCCGUCUCGGCGAGCAGAGCUCGGCCGGCCGAGGAGUCAUCUUUACCUCCACCAAAAGCGAGCUGAAGACGACGACGACGAAUACGAGAAGCGAGGCAAAGAGCUGGCAGAGGAGGAGCAUCAGGAAUUCAUUCGGCGCUCGCGUCACCGCAGCAGCCGUCGUAGCGGCUUAGCGCUAGAGAGAGAGAGGGAGAGAGAGAGAGAGAGAGAAGAGAGAUUCCUCCCUUUCUCUUUCUCCGUUUCUUCAUCCCUCUUGAGAAGCCUACGUGUGUGUCUAUAACGAGGGAUGAUUAAUCGGGCAAACACACGAUGGAAAGCGCCAACAAUUUCCUCAGCUGUUUGCCCAGCCACGAGGACGACGACGACGACUGCGAUGCUUAUCGAGAGAGAUGGAACAAGGGGAGGGAGAGACGCCGCAUCAGGAGAAAAAUUGCAGAGAUUACGCGACAUGUAUAGGGAAUCCGACGACGACGACGACGACGAGUUGGCACUUGUAGAGCAGAACACAAACGUUCACACCACGCUGUAUUAAAGACAAAACGAAACCAAAUGAGAAUAGCGCGAACACGACGUCGCCAAAGAGACAGAGGAUGUACUCAUCACCGAAAAAAAAAAUAAUAAACCGACAACCCUUGCUGCACACCCAGUAAUGAUAACGAAAAAAUAAGUAAAUAAUAGAGUGCUUCGCUUCGAGCCAGAAAAAAAAUUCUCUGCGCGUCGCCGGUAUAUAAAAUGUACAAGAAGAGAGAAGAGGAGCUGCGGUGGAAAGUGAAUUAAAAAAAAAGUAUCUAGCAUCUAAGUUUCUAGUGAAAAAAAAAAUUGAAAUUACGAUUAGCGGAACUAAGCGGUAGCGGAGUUAUGUAGUUGCUAGUUGAGUCAGAAAAAAAAUACACACGCGCGACGGCUGUUUCAAUAAUAAUAAUAAUAUUAAUACUGAUUAAUGAUAAAUAAUUAUAUGAUAAAGCCGCGACGGGGGUGAGAGAAACGAGCUACGAUUGCACUGUUCGACGAGUGAUGGAUAUGAGGAUUUUUAUUAUUAUUAUUAACACUUAUUGAUUAUUAUUGUAAUUAUUAUUAUUAUACUGUCGACGAUUGUACGAGAGAUUGUAAGCAGGCGAGACACAAAAUUAGAUGCGUUUUUUCGCGAGCGCCUGCUGAUUUCACGAGCGGCCAGCGUAAAUAUUAUUAUGUAGUCGAUUUGUUAAGACGAGUGAUGUAUACUUGACGUAAAAAUGAAGUUGGCUUGACAACUUAAAAAAGAGAGAGAGAGAGAGAAAGAGAGAGAGAUGAGCGUGUGCGAGAGAGAGAAAGAGAGAGAGAGAGAGAGAGAGAGAGGCAAAAAAAGUUGCAAAAAAAAAUAAAACAAAUAUGUAAUAAGAGUAAAAAAACUAUAGCGAAGCGCAUAAGAGUAAUAAGAAAACAAAAAGUUAAAAAAAAAAUGAAAUCGCGAGACAGCAUGGACAUGGUCUCGACAAGAGAUACACGCGAGAGUAUGUGGACGGUAGUUCUUGUUCAACCAUCCGUCCGAGAAUCUCUCGACAUGCUGACGGCCCAGUCGCGCGACAUGUACACGCGCGGCCAAAACAGGAAAAGAGCGAGCGCGCGCACGCUCGCGUUGUUGUCAUUGUUAUUGUUGAAUUUUUGCUAACCUAGAGCGAGACACGCGCGCAGCACAGCCCCCCACACAUAGACGUCGCGGGCCCCGAGAGACCUCCGACCGCGACUCAAGUUCGAUUUUUUUCUAAAAGAGACUCACUUUUUAUUGCGACUUGAUACAUCGUUGAGAAUGAAAUUCCACGGUAGUGUUGUUCUACACAUUUAGGCAGCCUGUGAAAAUUCCGUGACUCGCGCGACGCAACUCCAGCGCUCCGAGCGAUUGGGGGAAUCCUCCCGCGUAGUUCAAUGUUGCUGUCGUCGCGGCGCUGGAGUCGCCUCAGGCGUUGUCGUGUAGCACCUGUGACCUUCAAAAAAGAGGUCUUUCGGAGUCGCGACGCGAAUCGGAUCUCCGUUAGACGUUAUCAUCCCGCGAUGUUUUUUUACUACGCGGAGAUCGGACGGGAUGCGAGAAGAAGCUUAGAAGGAGAUGGAUCGGUGACCUAACCUCAAAAUCGAAGACGUCCCCCCGCGAGUACACAGACACGCGGACUGGGCCGCAGGUGUCGUUAUUAUUGUUUAGAACGCGCGCACGCGACUGCCGAUAGCGGCGGCGAUAUUUGUUGAAGUUGAUAUAUAAUAAUAGUUCGAUGUUAAGUCGCGCCGGCCGGGGCGUCACGUGCGCGCCAUCUACAUCGGAGGGGCCGCGGACGAGAUGGUUCUUGCAAUGAGCACCAACUGCCGGCAGGUGAUGCAUGCCUUAUAUAUAAUAUAUACUUUUACCUACGGUAUAUGAUGAUAAAACAAAAAUAUGAUGAUCACGCAAACACCACACACACACUGACAAAUUACACACAUCUACACGUAGAGGUUACUUACUGUAUAUCGAGAGAACAAAAAAAUAAUUAUAAUGAUAAAAGUUUUCGCGUUCAACACAGCGAGUUUGCGAGUGCAGUGAGUGUUCAGUGAGUGUUCAGUGCGUGUGAGUUGCGUGUGUGUGUGUGAGGGACUGUGUGUCGUGUACACGUGCGAUUCUGCGCCAAAAAAAAACGAAACGUAUAUAGGAGGAAGGAAGAAAAGAAACACUGAGAAAGGAAGCUAGAAAGAGAGUGAAUUACUCAUUGCGGAGAAGAUGCGACGAUGUGGGCUGUUAUAUAUCGGCGGCAUAGUAACAUGUUUCUGGCAGUUUGAUACAAAUAUAUAUACAUACAUAUAUAUAUACAGUUAUUACGUAGUAAAUAUAUAAAUAUAUUGAGAGAGAUGAGUAAAAAAAUGAAAUUUGAAACACGUGAUUUUAUGUUUUCUCGAGUAACCAGGUCAUCAUUAUUAAACCAGAAAUAUGCUUUUACACGUUUGUACUAUCGGUGUGACGUUUGAUAUAAGAUGAAAACCGACAAAAAACUAAAUAAUAAAAAAAGUACACGUUAUAAUAUACAUUAUGUGAGAGAAAAAACGUACUAAAGUAUUUAAAAAAAUAUUAUUAUAAUAAUAAUAAUAGCACACGAGGAAAAUAAUAACUAAUCUUCUGCGGUGGGGUGAGUACAGUGACACACAUCGGCAAAGAGUCAGCGCGAGAUUUACACCGGGCCGUAAGAGCAUGAAAUGAUAAUAUUCUGCAUAUAUAGGCGAAAGUAUCGCAACGUGUUGCGACGACGUGCGGACAUAAUAAAAAGCAUAAACGCGUCUAAACGAGGGCGACAAAAAAGCCUGAAGUAUAGCAAACAGGAACAAAGCGAGCCUCUAGUAUUUUCGCGCGUGUAUACAGAAGCAAAACUUUGAACGUAAACAAUGCUUAAAAUACCGUGUGAGUGUGCGAGCGACAGUCGAGUGAGAGAGAGAAACUGCGAGAUAGAGAGUAAACAAAAAAUAAAUAAUAAUAAUAAUGAAACCCACGAGUUUUAACCGUGUUUUAACAUUAACAAGAGUAAAAAUAAUGAAAAAAAUAAUAAUAAUCACCGAGUUGAGAAGAGACAAAGAAAAUAUUAAAAUUAAAAUAAUCACGUGUGUGAUAUAUACUGUUUUUUUGUAUAUGAUGAACGCGACACGGAGAAAAAAGUAUUUUUUUAUUUUCAAAGUAUAAUGAAAAAUAAAAAAUCGUGUAUAAGAAACUUAUAUUAACGAAAAAUAAUAACACUGAUGGUGUAUGGCGACAGUCGAGCGUGACGUAGUAGGACGAGAAAAAUAAAAGUGAGAGAGAGAGAAUCUUAUACGCGAACCACGCGCACCUCGCUCUAUAUCUUUCCGCUUUGACGCGUCGAGCGCUUCGUACAUAUGAUAACACACUACUGCUAUCUAUGUGUACGAAAAACUCGGAUUAUCGAUCAUACACACGCGCUAUGGACGGAGAAGGUGAAGUGCUUGUAUUUCGGAACCGAGAACUAUAGCCAAUUCAGUAUAUUCUUCUUCUCUUCUUCUACUUCUUCUUCGUUGAUCUUUCACGGCGCACUACUGCGAAGUUCUCGAUUUUUACGAAAAAAGGACGGGGAUUAAAACGAGUCUAAAAAUUCUGUAAAUUAUCGAUUAAUUAUAUCGGAUUCGAUUUCGGGGUUCUUUGAGUUUCUGCCGCCCACGAGAUUACCAAAAAAAAUAUGGAGAAUAAAAAUUUAAUACUUUACACACACGACGAUGUUGUUGUACGAGACACAUUAUACGAUCACAUAUGAUAUACCCAUAUACUGUAUUAACCGUCGAAUAAUCCUGCUAGCGAGUUUUCUAGAUGCAAGAAAGAAAAAAGCAAACCACGAUGAAUAUUCUAAAUCGUUUUUUUAUCCGAGAAAAUAAAAUAUAACAGUAUACAUGUGAAAAAAGAAGUAAAAAAUAAAAAACGAAUAAAACAACGGACACAUAAAACGGGGAAGCCUCAGAGUAGUUUCGGGCUUCCACCCCUAUAUGAUAUCGAGUAUAUAAAAAUAUAUAAGCAAACGCAAGCAGUGCAGUGAACGUAGAUUUGUACAAACGAAGUAAUAAAGUAUAAAUGUAAAAAAAAAUACAAAUACAAACAAUGAAACACAAACAUUGACGCUAUGACAAUAUGGUAUAGUCGAGGCGUAUCUCUUAUUGAUACAUACGAAGUAUAAAAAAUUUUGGAUUUUCGAAGGUUCAAUACACACAACCGAUUAAACUUAAUAAAAACAAUAAAUAAAUAAAAAAACACAACAGGCAGUUGAAGGCAUGUAAGUGUGUACACGCAUUCCGUCGCAGAAACUAUAAAACAGCUUAAUACGCGAUAACGAGUAUAUAAUUCAAGCAUUCGUUAAUAAAAACAAUACACACAGAUAUGCUUAGCUCUCAUGUAAACGCGCGCUUGGCGAACUCGAUGUGCACUUCUUAAUGAAACAAUGUUGCUGCUGCACACUUCAACCCUCGAGUGUACACCGGGUCCUCGAUUUUGGCACGAAAAUAAAUCUCAUUUCAAAAUCGAGACGCUCCACGUGUACACCGAACAAAACGACACCCUCUACUAUUGUUCAGAACUAUAACGCUCUUCUACAGUGUCUCACAAGCACACGCGUUAUUUAUAUAUAGAAACCAACUCGCAGCUCCACGAAACUUUGUCUCCAUAUCCUGUAUCAUUUCUCGAAAAAAGGAAGAAUUUUUCAUACUGUACAUCCCAGCUCUCUGCACACGUCCGCCGCACUUUCUUUCAGAACCUGGAGCUGCGAGUCGCGAGAAAUACAAUAAAAAUACACGCGAUGAUGACGUGCGCGCGUAAAGACGCGCGGCUAAAGCAAUAUAACGAUUAUAAACUCUCUACAAGUAUGCGAAAGCAAACCGAUGAUGAAAAAUAAUAACACUGCUGUAUAGAAGGAAACAAAAACAGAACAAAAAGCGAAAUAGUCUGUCUCUCUCGUGUCUCGAUGUUGCAUGCCUGUUAAUGUGCUUAUUACGACUGUCAAUUCUCGGCUAAGGUCUCGACGAGGAGCUUUACGAUUAUAUAUUGUAUGUACGUGUUCCUCCUCGAGGCCGAGUCACUGAACCGCUGCUGCAGCUUUUACUCGUCGUCGGAAGCUCGGUCGGAGAGGAUCUCGAAAGUUAUCCGAUCAUUUUAGCGCGUGACGCGAUGAACCAAAGAUUACAAACCGAACAAACUUAGAGAGUGAGAGUAGCCGGAGCAAACGUAUUGUUAGAUAGCCUAUAGCGAUUGUAAAGAGAAAAAGUAGUGGGAUGACACUGAGAUUUUAAGGGUCUAAAAACAAAAGUGAGAGCGAUGAAGGGUAACGGAUAGCAUAUCAGUAAUUAAUAAAAAAAGAUGAUCGUCUCGGUCCCCCUUAUUUUCGCGCGCGCGACGAAUAUUGUAUAUUUUUGUAACGCCGAGUAUAUUUGCUGGCGUGCGGCUCCUCAGUUUUCCCGAAUGACUUUAUUUUUCUAUAUAUACGCUACACGCACGAGUGAGACUACGAAAUCCGAGAAAUGAUGAUUUUUUCCUUCCGAUCUUCGGUUAAUAUAAUAUCGUACGCGUAAAAUACGCAUGUGUAAUGAUAGAGAGGAAGAGGGGCGAAGAGGGGGACCAGCGAGAAUUAUCCUCACGGUACCAAAAAUCACACACGCGAAAGUAAGCGGAAUGCAAAGCGAAUAUAUGAACAAAAAAAAACAUAAACAAAUAAAUAAAUAAUUAACGAAUAUUGAAUACAGAGGAGAAAAAAAUCGCCUAUAUUUUGUUACGUGGCAGUUUGCGGAACGCGCGGAACGGGGGAGGCUCGAUCACUAUAGUAAAAAAAGCGUCGGGGUCAAUCAUGAUUUUCAAAAGUUAAGAAAAAAUUAAAGAUUGUCAAGGAAAAGGAUAUACAUGCACGGCAUAGCGACGACUAUACAUCCAACCGAUGAUGGGCGAAGUGUUUGAUGAUGACAGGCUGGCGGAUAACUUGCGAGAGGCCGGAAACGCCGGGUUGCGCUCUUUCUCUCUAUAUGAUCAAUUUUUUCUAUUAUGGUCUAUAAAGGUGUUUCUAGAUGAAGACGCUUUGAACGUAUGUACCUUUGUCGAGCAUCUCUCCUAUACAAAACCUUGUUCUCCUUACUUCAGGGACAUUUGAAAACAAAAGAAGCAUACAUAUAUAUUCUAUAUAUACACACAUCUUCGCGCUCGAGGCCGGAAAUCGACGACCCCAACGUUCGUUCGAUUGAUUAUCUAUCAGUUCACACACUGACUCUAUCGCGCUGCUAUACGUAUGAUAUAUUUUUGCCAUAUAUAGUAUACACGAAAUUCGAGCUUUCCGAUUCUCGUCGAAUCGAUCCCUGUAUACCGCACCAGAAUACCCGUUGGGGGCGUCGAUCCUCCGCUCGAACUCCUCUGUCCAAUAAAAAAUGAGAAAAAAAAAACGAUAUUCUGCCGGUAAAGAGCGAAAAGAAACGAGAGAAACUAUAUAUAUUCAGCAAACAGAAAAAUACAAACAAUAUACUUGAAGUCAAUUACUCCUAUUAUAUUUAUUAUUAAAAAUAAAAAGAAAGAAACAAAGGUAUGCCGAGAUAUGUAAAUUUUACUUAUUAAUAGACAAGUGAACGGACAGUUGUAAGAAACGAGAAGCCGAUGGAAUAAGGAGAGAAAUCUAUAUAUCCCAUAUUGAGAGAAGCAUUUAACGAGUAUAAAAAUCGUCACACAUAUAUUAGAAAAAUGAAACGAGAAACGAUUAACGUUCAAUUAUCAAAGUGAGUAAUUACGACGUGAGGGCUGAUGAUGGCGCUUAGCGAACAGAUAUGGAAAUAUAUACAGAAAAAAACGUUAUACAUAUAAUAAUACAAUAAUAAUAGAAGUACCAAAAAAAGAGAACAAACGUAUAAUCAACACGCUAUAGUUGACACGACACACAUCAGAGACUCUCGUUUUCCCUACUCGUUUGUAAUCCUGUUCUACAUUACACAUUAUACAUAAAACACGUACUCUAUCACACACACGCACACACGUAGACACAGACACGAGUUUAAAAAAAAGGUGAGAAGCAUUAAAAACAGACAUAAAAUUGGACAACCUCUCUUUCAAUGUCUUGUGUAUACGCAAACAAACCAGAGAAAAAAAAACAAAAGAUGUGUGGAAAAAAAAUAAAACUUCCGAUCUCUCUUUACUCGCGCCUUCGAUGUUUCUACAUGCAUGUAUAAACUACUGUUUCUCUUAUAGCUGAAAUCGUGUGGACUUAGCUACUUAAUUAUACGCUCGAUGUCGAAGGACGAAUCCAGACGAAUAUCUGAGAACAAAUUCGCUGCCACUUGUCUGCCGGUGCUCUGUGCUUAUCUUCGCGCGCGAAAAUUUUAACGAAGGCGCGUGAUUUGAAUUUGAGAAAAAAUAAAAUGAAAAACACAUUCGUCUGGAUUGCGAUCCGCGAGGUCUCUUCUAUAUUUCCUCGCAACUUUCUAGCGAGACAAACUCGUAGCAGUGACAUUCGUCUGUAUCUAUAAAUAUACAUAAUUUAUCGAUGUUGUAAAUAAUAAAAAGGAAUCAAGUAAAGAUUAAAAAAAAAGACAAAAGAAAACAAAUACAUGGUUGACGCGUGUCUCUUGUGACUCUAUGCAUGCAUGUCCUGUAUACUGUAUAAACUUUUUUCUUUCUUAUAUUCUUUCAGUUAUCUUAUUAUAAUAUUUAUGAUACCUUUUUCGCUUUGUUCUAUAUCUACUGUAUAUUUCUUUUUUUUUUCAACAAUUCUCUCCUCACAUUUUUUCCGCCUUUUUGCGUUCUGUGUGCGUACAUUUGAACGGGGCCGUCUGCGCAUAUCUCCACGCACGGUGUGUGCUAAAUAGCAGCUCAGAAACAGCAGCAGCAGAAAACGAGUCUAUACGUAACAAACUUUGAAGAUUAAAAAAAAAUGAAAAUUGCGAUGUCGCCGCUAUUGUUGUUCACUACGCUGGUCAGUGUCGUGUGUGUGUGUCAUUGUUGUUCUUGUUCUUAUUGUUGUUGUUAUACUCUCUGAUAUUCUUGUUGAUGUAUGCGUAACUCUUGACGUUCUUCUGGGCAACUUUAUACUCUCUAUCUAUACCACAUUGAUAAAUGAAAAUACACGUACUUUAAUACUGAGGACAGAAUCAAUAGACGGCGAAUCGUGCAGCACAUUAUACCAGAGUUAUCAUUGCGUUCUUACAUAAUAAUAGGGUGUGUAGAAGAAAAAUUCGUUUUAACCCCAUGAUCCACGUCCUGUCGCGUUAUAGCUUAUUAUUAUGGCGAAUCUGAGGAAAACACGGUGCAACUAUUUGAAAAUUGACUUACGCUUGAAUCCAUAUGCCACACGUGUGAAUACUAUUAGUGAAGGUGAGAAUGGAUAAUGAGAGGAAAAUAUUGUUUUUGUUUUUGUUUUUUUGGUCGUUAUAACAAGAGUUAUAUAAGAUGACGCGACCCUCGCCACCCUACACACGUGGCACGUGAUACGCAAAGCGCUUAUACAAAAAAAAUAACAAAAAUUUGAGAAAAGAAAUUCGUGUUUCGCGUAUUCGAGUAGUGGUUCUACACUUAUUAAAUUAAGGGAAAAAACGAUGAAGAAUCAGUAAUAAUCUGCCAUUCGCCUUCGUGCACGACUUAUUGGAUUUUUGUUGAUUGCAAAAUACGAAAGAGCAGUUAUUAUUGCAUUUUCUAAAUACCAACGAAUACGAGACGUUGCAUUGAUCACUGGUGAAUAGAGUUGAAGCAUCGAGUUGGCGAAUGGCAGUGUACUCUAGGAUAUAACAGUGUAUGAAACCUUGUAACGAAUGUAGAUUAUAAUAAUAAUUAAUAAACGGCUGAUAUAACCUCAGUAAAAAUAAUGUAGAAGUAGAGGCUUUUGAAAAAAGUGUUUGCUGCUUCGAGAGAAAAACUGUUGGAUCGUUAUUUGUUACUAAUUGAAUUGAUCAUUUACAAAUAUAUAUAUAUAUACCUUUUCUUUCGUAAAUAUAUAUAUUGUUAUUUAAACUUUGUAAAGAAAACGCGAAAAAAAGAAUAAAACGACUGUGUAUAACUAAAGGAAUUAAUCAACGCUAAAAAAAUUGACUAUUAAAUUUGUAAUCGCAUAUUCAUGUUCGAAAUUAUAACACACCUUAUUCUAAAUUACUAAAAAAAGAAAAAAAUACUCCUAUUAUAUAUAAACGAUUGAAUUAAAGUUUAAUUAAAAAAAGUUUGUGUGUGAUGUAAAUAACGAAAAGUUUUCAUAUAUAUAAUAAAAAUUACGAGAGCAAAAAAGCUCGCUUUAGUUAUAUUACAUUGGAUCUCGUCAUCGGGAAUAUAGAAAAAAACUCAUCUGUGCGAACGUUUCCACACAAAUGCGCCGAAAAACAACUUCGUUUCCAUAAUGCUAUAUGUAGAGUAGUUUUCUUUUUUUAAGAGCACUGUACAUUCGCAGGAAAAAAAGACGCGUAUGCACGUUUGAAACAAAGAGUAAAAAUAGAAAAGAGCAGAUAUGUACGGUUGUACAGAUAUUAUAUGCGUGUGUGAUCGAAAGAGCGAAAAUCAAAUGGAAAUCGAGUGUGAAUGGAAGAAGCUUUUCUUCUCGCAGCAUCAGUCGCGGACGUGCAUGUGGGAGGAGAGUAUACGGAAAAUAGAAUUAUAAAAAUAUACAACACACACUCGACUGAAAAUUUAUCGUGGCUAAAAUUGUCGUUUAUGCAUAAUACAUUAUACUCUUGUGUUUCGACUCGAAGGUAGAUUAUCGAACAAUUUUACUCGAGAAAGUUUCAGAGAGCAGGUAAAAAUGAAAAAAAACUAUACAAUAUAUGACUAUUCCGAGACAACGACACAGCAUAUUUAUUAUAAAGGGUAAUAAAGGAUUCUUUGAAACAAAAGAACUGUCCUCGUAUUAUUACAAUGAUUGACGACUCGAUAGCGACGAUUGCGUUCUUACAACUAUUUUAUGCGCGUGUAGAAUAAAUAUAUACUAAAAGAAAGUCUCUCACAGUAUAGAGUUUAAGUGCGCGAGGCGUGACGAAACCACGUUUUUCAAAUUAGGCGCUUCGCACUGCUGUUCUUGCGAAAUUCCGAGGUUCUCCUCAUACGAGUCUUAUUGUUGACGGCUGCAAAAUUUCGGCUGAUCUUUUUUUACAAUUGUUCAAUUGUGUUCACUAAUAACAUUACACUGCACAUUCUGCCAUGACUUCAAAAAAGUAACGGAUCUCAAGAUUUCUAUUGAACAGCAGUAGUCACAUAGAACUCUAACUUUACGUUUCUCUACACGUGAACUACGAUAGGUUGACUGGGUCUGAAAUCAACAAUUCUGUCCAGGCUGAAGAACUCUCACGAUCAUAUACUGCUUUUCCAACUGCCAUUUCUUUAAGUACUCGGGACUCUUUCGAAGAAACGAAUAUCAGCAUUAAUUCUCCGAGUGAUACGUUGAAAACAGAGCGACGCGCGCGACACACUUUUUCGAGCGGACUUAUGCGAUUUUUCGAGUGACGAUUAUUUCGACGAGCCUUGGUUCUCUACUUCGUGAGCGAGGAUAUUAAAAAAAAAACGAAAAGCUUGCUUUUUCAUCCGCUAAAAGCAUCAUCUCUUCUUCACUGUUUCUGCUCGCGUUAUUAUUACAGGCAAAUUUCAGUAAACUCUUGCUCUAACAAUACUGCGAUGUUACUUUAAAAGUCAACCCUAUUCUGUACAGUAUCGACUCACCGUUGUCGUGAUCGUUUAUCUCUCGAAACCAAGUUAACCAAGAAGCAAUAUUGUUGAUGCCUAUUAAUUAAAGAGAAGAAAAUAAUUUAAAAAGAUAACGAAUCACGAGCCUUCUUACCCAAAAGCAAAAGUAUACAAAGUUUAACACACUCACCUUUUAAAAGGACAACCCGCAACAUUCGCAGUGACAUAUAAAGCACAAAAAUAAAAGAAAACACGAACCGAACGCUGACACCAAAACGAAAAGCAAACAAAUUUUAAGGGACAACAAAGUGGCAUCGCGCUGACGAAAAUUAAUCACGAUAUAAGCAAAUAUUAUACGCACGAUCGUUUUUCGAUUUAUCGUUUAUUUUGCGUUGAUGUGCAUCUUUCAAUACCGAGAGAAGGAGCUGCAUUAGAAGCUUGUAGUGGCGAGAGUUUAUCCGUGUUGAAAUAUAGGUAUGACGAGAGUCGCGAAAACAAUGAAAACACCACGUGUAUAAAAGUAUAAGGAACAAUCAGUACUGCGAAGGAGAUAGUCCUGAAAGUGAGAAAGAGAGAGUAUGAGAGAAACAAAUAGGGAAAAAAAGCGAACGAAUUUGUUGUUGAAACUUAUAUUAUGUAAAACUUAAGGGAAAAAACCGUGACGAUGAUGCUAACGAUGAUGAUAAUAUUAUAUAUAUAUAUAUUGUUGUUAGAUAUAUAUAAAUCUUAUAUAUAUUAUAUAUUGAUACCUAUAAAAAAAACCAAAUGAAAAUAUAUCUAGGAGUUAAGCGAUUCACACACACCAAAAAUUGACGACACUAUCGGGCUCGUGAAAAGUCGGGGCGUGCAACGUUCAAAAA